GUUGGCCUCUGCUGCAGCUCUCAGGGUUCACCCUGCUGCUAUCAGGACGGUUACCCAGGACAACCUGCCUGUCCGUGGGCAGAGUUCUCCAGCUGUGUGGCUCUAAAGUGGAUCUCAUCCUCAAACCCAGAAAGAUGUCUGUCAAGGGAGCCUUUGCUCUCUUCAGACAAACAACACAACUACACCGUCUCAAGCUUUCUAACGGCAUGGCCUUGCUGCUGGGUGGCUGGGUGAGGAGAUGGGGAGUGGGCUGUCGGGUGACUGUUGAAGAGCUUUCUCUCUCCCCUCAGACCGCCCAACCAUCACGCAGAGUGUUGUUGAAGGUUGUCAGUAGCUUGGCUUCCCUGCUGAGAUACUGGGCAGUGAGACAGUUGGACCUGACUGAGGUCUGUGUUCCUGCUCUGGGUCUCACGCCACUGCUGCUCCAUGAUGGCCCUCUCAAGAUCAAACUGAGUGAGAAGAAUGUCCAGCAGCUACUCUCCCUGCUCCAUGAACUCCAGGACCAGGACUUGACCUGGUCCUUCUUGAGUAAGUUAGGAGGAGACCUGACCUCCUUCUCUCUGAACUGGGAGCUUCUCCAUCUUCUACUGCAGCAUCCAUCAGCUCAGACCCUCACUGUGAACAUGAGGAAGAACCUCUUCUUACAGGAGAACGUCACACGUCUGCUUCCCUACCUGGACAGGAUUCUGUUUAAAAGGCCCUGUCCCAGCUUUGUGUUGACUGCUAUCAGGGAGAUUUACAAAACUCGAGCCAGUCCCAUUAUACCCAGUUUACUGAGGUCCUUGGAUCAUGUGAUCAACCUGACCUGCAGAGAGAUGAGACCUAUGGACUGUGAUGCUCUGCUCUACACCCUCGCACACAGUGAUGGCGUCAAACUGAACCUCCUGUGGACCUCCAUACCAGCACAGUCCAUCCUCUGGAACCUGGACAAAGUUUCUCAGCUCAGUGUUGACAGGAACCUGCUGCUGAGGUUGGUCCACGGCUGCGCUGCCUCUGAUGCCCAGCAGGGGGCCGCAGAGUCUCUGCUCAGGACUGUGCAGCACAGGCUGGAUCUGUCCUGCUCCUCCUGUGUGGAGCUGCCAGAGGAAGAUCAGAGGGACACUCUCCUCCGUCUGACGGCUGGCGACUGCAGGGCCGUCUCCAGCAUCCUGAGACGCAGCAGACGGGACACACAGCUCAUCCUGCAGGACUGUGAGGUUCAGGACAGCGGAUUAGACCUGCUGUUUCCUGUCUUACACAAAGUCAAACUCAGAGCCAGUAAAGCUGUCCUCCUCCAGCUGGUGUCCCUGCUUCCUGUGAACAGUGAGAGGGACACAGUGCGACGGGCAGUGUCCCUCUGCAAAGCCCUGGAGGAAGAGCUGGACCUCAGUCACAGCACUCUGGAUCAGAGGGCCUGUGCAGCCUUGGCCCUGAUGCUGGACUCCUCUGAAGAGCUGACAGAGCUGGACCUCAGUCACUGUCAGCUCUCUGACCAGCUGCUGCUCACACUCAGCGCGCAGCUGCACAAAGUGCAAGUCCUCGAUCUGAGCCACAACAACAUCACUGAUGCUUCGACUGACCUCUUACUCCAACUGGUCUCCACCAACCCCUCCAUUCACACUGUGCAACUGUUCGGGAACAAAAUUGUGAACAGGACAUCCUUUGAGAAAGACAAGAAGUUUGAAAUAUGGUGACCCUCCGUCAGUGUGGGUGGAAUCUGCCAAUCAGGGAAUAACUGAUCUACCUCUAACGAUCAUUACAUACUGACUCUGUGUAUGAUGGGAUCCGUUUCAGAGUCCUGCAUCGGGUCGGGUACCCGCGGGUACCCGACGGGUGACCCGCAAAAAAGGUGAUUCGCGGGUGGUAUUUUUUCAAACGCUUUUUUCCGGGUUCGGUUCUGGGUAAAACAAAGAUG